CGGGGGAGGAAACUCGCCUCCCGGGCACUCGGUUUUCUCCUGCCCCCGCCCUCCCUCCAGUCCGGGCCCAUCUCUGACGUAGUGUGACCUUGCUCAUCCCUUCCAGGCUGUGGGCCUGUUUUCCCUGUGCAAGGCGAGGGUCCUGGCUGUCCGGGCGCCGCCAGGGUUGACCGAAUUGAGCUCUCCUAGGACUCGUGGGAAAUGAGCUCCCUGUCGGCGUGUGCCAGCUGCCUGCGCCGGGCGCCACAGAACAGGGCGCGCUCCUGCAGCUCCGCCGCCCGCAGAAGUUUCCCGGGAACCGACUCCACCGACUCGCCCCUCCGCGCCCCCCGCGUGGCCGCCUAAGCUCAGCCUCCAGAUUAGAGGAGACCGCGGAGGGAACCCUGCCGGAGUCUGGGCCCGGGGUGACGCGACCCCAGCAGGUUGAGGGCCGACCUCUCCGAGACCUUGCUCUCCGGCCUCGGCUCCUCGCUUGCGCCCGCCCUCCCACGUGGGGCCCAGGUCUGGGAAUCAGCGCUCCGGGGUGGCUGAGGACAACCGAGAGCGAGCUUCUCACCCGGCACGCGGGCGGAAUGGCUGAGCCCAGCGUGGAAGUCCCCGUCAGGUCCUUGAGGGCGGGCGGGCGCGCAGAGCACUGGGCGGAGACAGCCGGGAGUCCAGCCCCUUCCCAGCGCCCUCCCCUUCCCAGUGCCAGGCCAGGGAUGGGGGUGUGGUCCCAAGUAUACAUUGGCAUCAAGCUCCGCUCCCGGAACGCUCCAGCGCCCUCAGCCUGUUUCCCAGGACCGGUCCCCGGCUGCGCACCCCAAUUUCCAACAGCCUGCCUGUCCCCGGGAACGUUCUGACAUCCUUGGGGAGCCCCCAGCUACGCGACACUGCCCCGAGAACGCUCUCAUCACCCGUAGUUGCAAAUUUCGGAGCGGCAGUGGGAAGGAUGCGGGACUACGACGAGGCGAUCGCCUUCCUGGGCGAGUGGGGACCCUUCCAGCGGCUCAUCUUCUUCCUGCUCAGCGCCAGCAUCAUCCCCAAUGGCUUCAAUGGUAUGUCAGUCGUGUUCCUGGCGGGGACCCCAGAGCACCGCUGCCGGGUGCCUGACGCCGCGAACCUGAGCAGCGCCUGGCGCAACAACAGUGUCCCGCUGCGGCUGCGGGACGGCCGCGAGGUGCUCCACAGCUGCCGCCGCUACCGGCUCGCCACCAUCGCCAACUUCUCGGCGCUCGGGCUAGAGCCGGGGCGCGACGUGGACCUGGGACAGCUGGAGCUGGAGAGCUGCCUGGAUGGCUGGGAGUUCAGCCAAGACGUCUACUGGUCCACCGUCGUGACUGAGCAAGACAUUGGGGCCCACAAUGCUAUGAAAAACAGGAUGGGGAGGAAGCCUGCUCUCUGCCUUCCCGCCCAGUGGAACCUGGUGUGUGAGGACGACUGGAAGGCCCCACUCACGAUCUCCUUGUUCUUCGUGGGUGUGCUGUUGGGCUCCUUCGUUUCAGGGCAGCUGUCAGACAGGUUUGGCCGGAAGAAUGUGCUGUUCGUGACCAUGGGCAUGCAGACAGGCUUCAGCUUCCUGCAGAUCUUCUCAAAAAACUUUGAGAUGUUUGUCAUGCUGUUUGUCCUUGUAGGCAUGGGCCAGAUCUCCAACUAUGUGGCAGCAUUUGUCCUGGGGACAGAAAUUCUUGGCAAGUCAGUUCGUAUAAUAUUCUCUACGUUAGGAGUAUGCAUAUUUUAUGCAUUUGGCUACAUGGUGCUGCCACUGUUUGCUUACUUCAUCCGAGACUGGCGAAUACUGCUGGUGGCACUGACGAUGCCGGGGGUGCUGUGCGUGGCACUCUGGUGGUUCAUCCCUGAGUCCCCCCGAUGGCUCAUCUCUCAGGGACGAUUUGAAGAGGCAGAGGUGAUCAUCCGCAAGGCUGCCAAAGCCAAUGGAAUUGUUGUGCCUUCCACCAUCUUUGACCCAAGUGAGUUACAAGACCUAAGUUCCAAGAAGCAGCAGUCCCACAACAUUCUGGAUCUGCUUCGAACCUGGAAUAUCCGGAUGGUCACCAUCAUGUCCAUAAUGCUGUGGAUGACCAUAUCAGUGGGCUAUUUCGGGCUUUCCCUUGAUACUCCUAACUUGCAUGGGGACAUCUAUGUGAACUGCUUCCUUUCAGCGGUGGUUGAAGUCCCAGCAUACGUGUUGGCCUGGCUGCUGCUGCAAUAUUUGCCCCGGCGCUAUUCCAUGGCCACUGCCCUCUUCCUGGGUGGCAGUGUCCUUCUCUUCGUGCAACUGGUACCCCCAGACUUGUAUUAUUUGGCUACAGUCCUGGUGAUGGUGGGCAAGUUUGGAGUCACGGCUGCCUUUUCCAUGGUCUACGUGUACACAGCUGAGCUGUAUCCCACGGUGGUGAGAAACAUGGGUGUGGGAGUCAGCUCCACAGCAUCCCGCCUGGGCAGCAUCCUGUCUCCCUACUUCGUUUACCUUGGUGCCUACGACCGCUUCCUGCCCUACAUUCUCAUGGGAAGUCUGACCAUCCUGACAGCCAUCCUCACCUUGUUUCUCCCAGAGAGCUUCGGUACCCCACUCCCGGACACCAUUGACCAGAUGCUGAGAGUCAAAGGAAUGAAACACAGAAAAACUCCAAGUCACACAAGGAUGUUAAAAGAUGGUCAAGAAAGGCCCACAAUCCUUAAAAGCACAGCCUUCUAACACAGCUUCCAGUAAGGGAGAAACUGAAAAGGAAAGACUGUCUUGCCAGAAAUGGCCAGCUUAUGCAGACUCCGAGUCGUUCAGUGACAAAGGCCUUUGCUGUUUAUCCUCUUGAUCUGUGUCUGACUUGCUCAUGGAUGGGCGCCCACACUCAGAGGCUACAUAUGGUCCUAGAGCACCACCUUCCUCUAGGGACACUGUGGCUACCUAUAGACAACUUCAUCUAAGUCCUAUUACAAUGAUGGACUCAGCAUCUCCGAAGAAGUUAAUUUUUCACUAGAACCAGUGAGAUCUGGAGGAAUGUGAGAAGCAUACGCUUUAAUUUUAGACUACUUGAAAAGGCCCCUAAUAAGGCUAGAGGUCUAAGUCCCCUGCCCCUUUUCCCACUCCCCUCUAAUGGUGAACUUUAGAGGAAAAGGAAGUAAUUGCACAAGGAGUUUGAUUCUUACCUUUACUCAGUUACAGAGGACAUUAACUGGAUCAUUGCUUCCCCAGGGCAAGAGAGCACAGGGCUAGGGAAAGCGAAAGGUAAUGAAGAUGGAGCAGAAUGAGCAGAUGCAGAUCACCGGCAAGUGCAUUGAUGUGUGAGCGCUUAGACCACUCAGCAUGAUGACUGAGUAGCGUUGUUUACAUCUGAUCAAAGCACUGGGCUUGUGCAGGCUCAUAAUAAAUGCACCAUUGAAUCUACUAUUCUUGUUUUCCACUGCUGUGGAAACCUCCUUGCUACUAUAGCGUCUUAUGUAUGGUUUAAAGGAAGUUUAUCAGGUGAGAGAGAUGAGCAACCUUGUCUUUUCUCUCAAAGCUGUAACGUGGGUUUUAUUGUUUAUUUGUUUGUUGUUGUAUCCUUUUCUCCUUAAGUUAUUUGCCCUUCAGAAUACACUUGGGAAAGGCUGGUUCCUUAGCCUGCUGGUUUGUGUCUUUUUUUUAAAAAAACACAGAAUCACUCUGGCAAUUGUCUGCAGCUGCCACUGGUGCACGGCCUUACCAGCCCUAGCCUCUAGCACUUCUCUAAGUGCCAAAAACAGUGUCAUUGUGUGUGUUCCUUUUUUGAUACUUAAUCAUGGGAGGAUAUUACAAAAAAGAAAUUUAAAUUGUGUUCACGGUCUUUCAGAGUAGCUCACUUUAGUCCUGUAACUUUAUUGGGAGAUAUUUUGUGUUCAGUGUAAUUGUCUUCUCUUUGCUGAUUAUGUUACCAUGGUACUCCUAAAGCAUAUGCUUCACCUGGUUAAAAAAGAACAAACAUGUUUUUGUGAAAGCUACUGAAGUGCCUUAGGAAAUGAGAAAGUUUUAAUAAGUAAAAUGAUUUUUUAAAUAA